AUGGUAAUAAUGAGAAGCAUAGCGGUGGCAGUGGAGGAGGGUAAUGUUUAUUUGGUACCAGAGUUUUAUAAGUACAUUAAAAAAGUUGGCAGUGGCGCUUAUGGCUGUGUAGCUUCAUUUUAUGACAGAUCUAAAGGUAAGUAUAUAGCUGUUAAAAAGAUACUUGAUGCAUUUCAAGAUCUAAUCGAUGCAAAGAGAAUUCUACGUGAGAUAAAGUUAUUAAGACAGUUACAUCAUGAGAAUAUACUUAGUAUCAUUGAUUUAUUACCACCAGAAUCACCAUAUUUUAAUGAUAUUUACAUAGUAACUGAACUUAUGGAGACAGAUUUACAUCGUGUCAUAUACAGUAAACAAACACUAACAAAUGAGCAUAUUCAGUACUUUAUGUAUCAAAUUUUGCGUGGACUAUCAUAUCUGCACAGUGUAAAUAUCAUCCAUCGCGACUUAAAGCCAUCUAAUAUAUUGGUAAACUUAUCAUGUGAUUUAAAAAUCUGUGACUUUGGACUUGCGCGUGGAAAUAUCGGGAACUUGGAUAGUAAUACAGAUGAUCUAACAGACUAUGUAGUUACAAGGUGGUACAGAGCACCCGAGAUAAUAUUGUGUGUUAAUAGGUAUGACAAGGCUGUUGAUGUAUGGAGUGCAGGUUGUAUAUUUGCGGAAUUAAUAAAACGUAGUGCAUUAUUUGCAGGUCAUGAUCACCUUGAUCAACUUAAAGAAAUCAUUUCUUUGUUAGGAACUCCGAAUAAAGAAGACCUCGAUGAAUGGUUACCAUGCAAAGGUAAUACUGAGAAUGCAAGAAAGUAUCUUGAAACCUUGCCAUAUUAUAGAGGGAGAACAUUUUUCUCAUUAUUUCCUGAUUAUAAUCAUCCUCUAGCAAUUGAUCUACUAAAUAAGAUGCUUUGUUUCAACCCAAAGAAGAGAAUAACUGUUGAUGAUGCGUUAAUGCAUCCAUACUUUAAUGGUAUAUAUGUGGGUAAUAAUAAGAGCUGCAAUGAUACAAAAGAUAGUACAGAUAAUACAGAUAAGAAGUGGAUUGCCAACAAGGGGAAUCUUGUAAGUAAUAGUACUAUAGACUGGUCAUUUGACAAAUUUGAGCCUACUAAAAGACUAUUACAAAACAAAAUAUAUGAGGAGAUAGCAGAUCUACAUCCGGAAAUGUUGAUUCGUGAUUUUCAACACUUAAAUUCCUUAGGAAUUAAUAUUCCAAGGAAGCAUUUACCAUUACUUCGAUCUAAAGGACUAGUUGCAAAUACAAUUUGCAGUGAUAGGAUAAAUUCUUAUGUUCUUGAUACACUGCUAAGUACAACAUCAUCAUCUUCAUCAUCAUCUACUCCUGCCAACAGCUUUAGUAUUACUAGUCCACUAGAUAUUGUAAAAAAACUCUCUGUGGUAGGUAAACAAAAAAGAUUGGCCAACUCCCAGCCAAUUCCCAAAAAUCAAAGCGAACAAAGUACUGAAGGACAAAAAAGAAGCAUAGCUCGAGAUAUGUGUUAUUCACUACCUACGUCAUCUAAAGCUGUAUCUGCCUACUGUACUUAUCCUGAACUAUCAUAUAUGGGAGAUCAUUCAACAAAUGAUAAAAUAAACCAUUCAUUUGAUGUACUAAGGACUAAAAUGGCUUUAUAUGUUAAGGAUCGUAAAAAUUCUUACAUCUCAAACUGA